AUGGCGUCCCCCAUCCCUCCUCCCCUUCACCACUGCCUUUUUCUCAUUCUCGUCGACACUAGCACCGCAUUGCAGGAAAACCCCACAUCGAAGCGCCAGCAUUUUUGGGGGUUUUUGGAGCGCCGACAUUUUCUUGGGGGAGAGGCCAAGCGCACUGAUUUUGAGAGUGAGGGAGGACGCUGCGCCGACCUCGCCGUCGGUGACUCGGAAGAACACGAGGACAGCUAUCUAGCAUUGGGGUUGUGGAGGAAGAACCUUCACGGCGGCGAUCUGGUGGUUUCCGUCUAUUCUUCCACUGCAAUGGAGUCUCACGGCUCCGGACUCAGCCGUGUGUUUCUAUUGGCAUUUUGUGUCGCCGGCAUUUGGGCCGCGUAUAUUUAUCAAGGCGUCCUUCAGGAGACUGUAUCGACAAAGAGAUUUGGUCCUGAUAAAAAGAGGUUCGAGCACUUGGCGUUCUUGAACCUUGCUCAAAGUGUGGUGUGUUUGAUAUGGUCAUUCUUAAUGAUAAAGAUUUGGUCCAAUGGUGGAAACAGUGGUGCUCCAUGGUGGAGUUAUUGGAGUGCUGGUAUUACAAAUACGAUAGGUCCUGCUAUGGGUAUUGAAGCUUUAAAGUACAUCAGCUAUCCUGCUCAGGCAUAUGUUCUGUUCUGCUGGACAACAGUGCUGGCGAAAUCCUCAAAAAUGAUACCUGUGAUGCUGAUGGGUACUCUAGUUUAUGGGAUUCGGUACUCCUUUCCUGAGUAUGUUUGCACGUUGCUGGUUGCUGGUGGUGUAUCUACUUUUGCACUUUCAAAGACAAGCUCGAAGACUAUUAGCAAGCUAGCAAACCCAAAUGCUCCACUUGGAUAUGGGCUUUGUUUUCUGAACCUUGCUUUUGAUGGGUUCACUAAUGCCACUCAGGAUUCAAUUACUGCCAGGUACCCAAAGACAAACGCGUGGAACAUAAUGCUAGGAAUGAACUUGUGGGGCACCAUAUACAACGUGCUGUUCAUGUUCGGGUGGCCAGGUGGCAUUGGGUACGAUGCAGUACAGUUCUGCCGGAAGCAUCCGGAAGCUGCCUGGGACAUACUCCUCUAUUGUCUGUGUGGUGCGGUUGGCCAGAAUUUCAUCUUCUUGACUAUAAGUCGAUUCGGUUCUUUGACUAACACAACUAUAACAACAACUCGGAAAUUCGUGAGCAUAGUCGUGUCAUCUCUGCUGAGUGGGAAUCCUCUGUCCCAAAAGCAAUGGGGAAGUGUGGUUAUGGUGUUCUCGGGAUUAUCUUAUCAGAUUUACCUGAAAUGGGAGAAAAUUAAGAGGACUCAGAAGAAGAGGAAGUCCACAUAAGCAAGUGACGUUUAUUCUGAUGCCGAUACGAAGAUGUAGUNGCGCCUUU